GGAGAUCGAUACUUUAUGAUCGGACUACAUACUAAAUGUUGUCAUGACAACGCAUUAAAAAAAAAAAAUUUAAUCAGAUUUGUCGAGAGCCUGAAAAAAGCUUAUUUCUUUUUAAAAGCAGUAAUAAAAAAACAUUAAAAAAGUAUAAAAGUGCUUUAGAAAUUGUUGUGCAUACAAAUUUUUUGAGAACCACAAAGAUGUAGGAAAGAAAGCAGAAACGAACAAGGGAAAGGCAUUGCUCAAUGAUAACAAUGAUGAAGAAAAUAAUAAAGCUAAACUAAUAUCUAACGGUUAACAACCAAAAAUUCUCUUAGAACAAAUUGUAAAGUCAAAGGCAUCUGAACCAACAAUUUGCCAAUUAUCCGAGGAAGACGAAGAAAAUCUAGAGGACAAUGAUUUGCAAAAUGGGUCAACUAAAAAAAGUAAAUCUUCAAUGCCAUAAAAUAAAAAAAUGAAGCAGAGUAAAAGUAAUGACACUGAAACUGGAGGAUUCUCCCUUUCAUCGACGGUCUUGAAAAAUUUGAACAAAUCUGAUCCGAAAUCAUACAUAAAUGAUCUGCUAGAAAACGUAUUCACAAGUGAAAAAUUAGCGGAAAGCUCCGUCACUGGUAAACCUGGCAAUGCAAGAAAGAAUUCAGAUGCAAAACCUGCAUUAGACGGAAAUCGGAUGGCUUACAUAAAAAAAUUGGUGCAGAACAGAUUUGGCUACACAAAGCAGAACCGGACAUUAAUUAAUAAAAUGACAUACAAUAAAAUCUCAUACAAGAGAAAAGAACUUAAAAAAUAAUAAGCAUUAAACAUAUUUUAUGUGUUAUAUUUUCUUAAUAAAAGCAUAAUUGUAAAAGAAAAAAAAAGUUUUUUGGCUUUAUAGAUUGGAAUUGGACAAUAAAACAACUUUAUAAGUUUUGAUGUCCUAUAAAUAAGAAAAAUUUCUCUGCAAAGAAAUCUGUACAAUGAAAUAAUCUCUGCAAAGAGUCUAAAUUUCAAGAGAUCUCUGCAGACCUUUUUUGUAAGGAUAUAACGCAGUAAAAGUUAUCGAAAUUUCAUACAUUUGCCUGCAUAAAUUUGUAUAUCAGAUUGUACUUAAUUUUAGGCAUGAAUACAUGCAUAAAUUCGUGUAAUUGCUGCUAAAGAAAGUUAUGCAGAAUAUGCAAAAUAACGAUAAAACAUCUUAUUAUACCUAUGAACAGAAUAAUGAAAACAUGCAGAUAUUUAUGCAUAAUUUUUGCGAAUUCUGUGCAUUUAAUUCAACUUGAGUGCCUGUACUAUCACUUAUAUAACCAUAUACAGGACAUUAUGCAGAACCACAUGCACAUGAAUAUGCAUAAAAUUAUACAGAUGGCUGUGCAGGAGGGCAUGCAUAAAUGCACGCAGUUAAUUAUGCAGUAUUACAUGCAGAUUAUUUUCGAAAGGGUUUAUAGAGUAACGGACGUGGUGCACUGAGUAAUCAGAGAAAUAUCAAAGAAAUUAUUGUACUAAUAUCACAUGAUAAUCAACGCAGAAUUAUUCACUAAUCUCAACAUGUAAUGAGACGGUAUAAACAGUCUUUAACUUUACUCAAGAAUAGUAAAAUAAGGGCAAUUAUCACAUGACAUUUUGCGUUUGUGGUGCAAAUUAAAAUAUAACAAAUGAAACACAUUGCGAAUGAAUAUUAGAAACUAGUGUAGUUUUUUGGGGUGUUAAUUAAAUAAAUGAUCAGACUCACCAUGAUAA